AUGAACAACCAGGGGCGGGCCUCAGCUCCCUUUCCGGCCCGGACCUCCGCCUCGGUCCGGGCUCCGACACCGGCCAGGCCCUCAAUCCCGGCCCGGUCCCUGACUCCGGCCAGGCCCCCCAUCCCGAUCCGGUCCCCGACUCCGGUCAGGCCCUCAAUCCCGGUCCGGUCACCGACUCCAGUCCCGGCCUUGGCUCCGGUCCGGUUCCGGACGCCGGUCCCGGCCUCGACUGUGGCCCGAACUCCGACUCUGAUCCGGACCCCGUCCCCGGCCCGGACCCCGAUUCCACUCCAGACCGUGACCCGGGUCGGAGCCCCGACUGCGGUCCCGACCUCAACACCAACUUCAUCCCCUGUCCCGGUCCCGAUCCCGGUCCCGGUCCCAGUUCCGGUCCGGGUCCCUGCAGCGGUCUCUGACUUGGAGUCGUUCCCGAGCUCCGCCCUACCUUUGGGUCCACCCCAAGAACCUGCACCAGAUCCCACUUUGUGGCCUGGUAAGGCCCCUGAGCCAACGCCGGAUGUGAAGCUUGUCCCAUCAGUCGCCAGUGGAUUAAGGACCACGCAAGGGCCCGAUCUUGAGCUCACUCCAUCGGCCACUGAUUUACUGGGGCCCACUCUCGGAUCCACCCCAAGCGCGGAUCCAGUGACCACCAAGCUGACAGAUUCCACGGCUGGACCUAUCCCCAAGCCCAUACUGGGGACCGUCCCCUUGGCCACCUCCUUACCUAUUUCUGCCAACACAUUCGCCUCCACCAGCAAGAACUUUCAAGUGGACAACAAGAUCGUAAUUAAAGUGAUCUACUGUGGCCUCUGAAGCUAUAACCUCCGGUACGUUCUACUGAAAAAGAGUCUGGAGCAGCAAUUUCCAAAUCGUCUACUCUUUGAGGAGGACAUAUCCACACAGGGUACUGGGGAAUUUGAAGUGUUUGUGGAUGGAAAACUGGUUCAUUCAAAGAAGAAAGGUGAUGGCUUUGUGGAUGAGGCCAAACUGCAGAAAAUUGUGAACAUUAUCAAUGAAGGGAUCAGGAAAAUGUAG